UUCUACCAAAAGGAGAGGCAGAAGUUGUGGGUUAGAAGUGGGCACGGCUUUGAUAGCGACGUUUCCCAGGGCCGCUGCUGACCCGUCGCCCUUUCAGCUCCUCAGUACGGAUUAGCGCGAGCUCUGUGAACCUGCCGUCAGAUUGGCGCGUACUCUGUGAACCUGCCAUCAGCGCCGGGUCGGCAUCAGGACGGACGACAGCCGGGUCACCGGGUCAAGUGACCUUUCUCGUCAUCCAUGACAACCUUUUCCUUCUGACUCUCAACACGUACUCGGCACGAUACGAGUGAUACUGCCCUGAGAUACCAGUGUGUCAGUACUCAAGAUAUGCGCUCCCAAGAGUGUGAAGACAUUUGAAGAUUUUACAUUCGCUGCCUUGUUUCCGCCGUGUGUUGGGCAGUUCUGAUCGGACACCGCCAUGGACGGCUGGACCGCCUCGCUGUUUGUGCUGCUCACGGUCUGUACAGCAGGAUGUGACUGUGCCGAGGCGGAAGAGCGGCUGGUUCGGCAGCUGUUUAACAGCAGUAACUACAGCCCGCUGAUCCGGCCUGCCCGCAAGCCUGGGGACACCGUCACCACGACGUUCGCUCUGUACCUGUCCCAGCUCAUCAGUGUGGCCGAAAAGGCUGAGAUUUUGAAGACUAAUGUCUGGCUGGAGCAAGGCUGGGUGGACUACCGUCUGGCCUGGCAGAAAGAAGACUUUGACCACCUGGAAGCGAUCCGAGUCCCUGCAUCUGUGGUCUGGAAGCCCGACAUCGUCCUUUUUAACAACAAGGACGGCCAGUUUGACGUUGCCCUCCACUCGAACGUGAUAGUCUACAACACCGGGGACUGCUACUGGCUCCCGCCGGCCAUCUUCCAGAGCUCCUGCUCUAUCGACGUGCGGCAGUUCCCGUUCGACCGGCAGAACUGCAGCAUGAAGUUCGGCUCCUGGACCUACACGUCUGACGAGGUGAACCUGGUCGUCUCGGAAAACGGCAAGACGGCCAUUUUGGAUGACUUUAAAGCCAGCGGCGAGUGGAACCUGCUAGACUCCCCCAGCAGGAGGGUUGUGGAAGGGAACGAAGUGUUUAUUUACUAUGACCUGAUCAUUGAGAGAAAACCAUUGUUCUACAUCAUCAACCUGAUCAUUCCUUGCAUCGCGAUAUCAUCUUUAUCUGUGCUUGUGUUCUACCUGCCGUCCGACUGUGGGGAGAAGAUCACACUCAGCAUCUCCGUACUGCUGGCCAUGACUGUGUUCCUGCUGCUGAUCGCAGACAUAAUUCCUUCCACGUCACUGCAAAUCCCGCUCAUCGGCAAGUACCUGAUGUUUACCAUGAUCUUCGUCACCAUGACAACGGUGAGUACCGUGUGCAUCCUGAACGUGCAUCACCGGACGGACAAAACACACGAGAUGCCGGCCUGGAUGCGCGCCAUUACCAGGUUCCUAGCGACGGUCCUGCGGAUCCAGAAACCGGGAGAUGACGAGGAGGAAGAGGAGGAGAAGCCGAUCUACAUGUGGGACCAGCCGGUGGACAGCAUUCCAAUGAAGAAGGUUCGUAACGGGGUUCUUCAGGACGCGCAAGGCCGGCCUUUCGGCUCCAUCAGCCAGGGCAGCCCGCAGGCCACGCCCCGGCAGGACCACAACUCGCCAGUAGUCCUGCCGGCUGAGAUGCAGGACGCCGUCAAGAACGUCAAGUUCAUCGCAGAACACUUCAAGACAAAGGACGAGGGAUCAGCGGUGAGUGACGAAUGGUCGUUCGUUGCCUUGGUGAUUGACCGUGUCUGCCUGUGGCUCUUCAUCAUCGUCUGCGUCCUCGGGACUCUGGGUCUGUUUUUCGAGCCGCUGUUCUUGGGAAACACGGGCUGAGGACCGGAACCUUUUCCCGCCAGGACUGGCAUGUCAUGUAAUGUUUACAGAGUCUGUGUCAUGCGCACUUCACAUCCAUUACUGUGAAAAGUCACUUUGGCUGACAAUAUCAUUUAUACGAUCACUCGAAGCGCACAGAGGACAGCACUACAACGCCAUGGACGUACAGCGUGAUCCUAUUCCUGACACAUAACAUCGCGAUGAACAUCGACGAGAUACCAUUUCAUUCAUAACAUGAAUAUGUUAGUGAACAUGUGAGACACCAUCUUACCCAUAACAUGGUGGGGAACACCUGUGAGAUACCAUCUAAACAACAUCACGAUAAACAUCUGGAAGAUACCAUUCUGUUGAUGACUUGACGGUAAACACCUGUUCAAUAUUUAAGACAUGCAUAAAAUCGUGAUGAACAUCAACUUCGAUGUGUAUUGCCGUGGCGCACAUGUAUCUUUCCUUUCGGUAAGCGUUGGGCUCUUGUCAACUUGAAAGUGAGCGGAUGAGGCGCGUCCUUACGGAGAAACAGCUGCCGGAUACGGGAGUCUGAUGAUGGGACCCACAGGCCUUCAGCUUGGUCUGUGAUGUAUUUACCUUCAGUGGAAGGAACUGUUGAGAAGUAGUUGGAACAGCACAGCACAGGCCUGAGGUCUGCUGUCAUUAGUUUGAAACGACACACUUCCUACAGCCAUCCUUGUAUUCUAUUUUUAAUGGCUGACUUUUUCAAAACAGCACCCCAACUUUUUUUCUCGGGUGAUUUUCUUUUACACAUGUACCAAGAUUUUUAAUUGAAAGUUACUUUAUUUCAUUAUAUUUUGUAUAGAUUAUUAUUUUUGCAUAGUUAACGUUUUUUUUUUAUUACAAACGCAUUGAAUAUUGUGACCCAAAGGGCUGAGACGCCUAGUUGGUUCAAAGUUGGAGGGCUAUCACCCAUUCGAAAAUGAUGAAUGAAAUUAUUUCAUGACAAGUGAAGUACCCGAAGCUCUCAGUCGAAUUUUACAGGAGCCUAGAAAUUCGGUUGAGGCACAAACUUGAGAACUAUUUUUGGGUACAGUCUAUAGCAACAGAAAUGGUUCCGUCUGUACCAUAAUCUGUCCGUUUAUUUACAUUUAUUGAAGUUGCUACUUUUGAAGUUCUGACUUAUCCAUGUGGUGGACCAGUACAGUUUUGGCAUGAAGGAGGACAUCUGGCGGAAAUCUGAAUACUGCAGAAGCUACAACCUCGGGGCCGGGACGUGACGUGUUUGGGUACAGAUCGUCUUCGGUCAGUUCAGUGGGAAGAGAAGUGGUCUUUGCGCAGGGGUUCAGUGAAAAAAAAGCCAGUUCAAACAGUUGCAACUGGUAUUUCAAUCCAAGCUAGGUUAUUUGAGGAAACAUUUGUUUUGGAAGAAAAGACAAACGAUUGUUAUGAUGACAUGCGAUCGUCUAUUGUUUCGCACAUUGAUCAAGUUAUUUAUAUCCCACAAUAAACCACGAUAA